GCAGUGAUACACUGUUUACGUCGCCAUCAUGAUUCACGUCCAUCAGCUGAGUUGAUUUCGUGAUUUGACAGUCUUUUUCUGUUGACAUUCCUUAAUUUGGUGAAUUUGGUUUUAAAUGACCGUAUCUCCUUAUCUCCUAACAUAAAAAGGGCAAUGCGAUCAUUGUCGAAAGUGCGAUGACCAAUGUUAUCGCGCUCUUUCGGCUGGUACAUUAAACAUCCAAAAUUUCUAUGUGGAUUGAGAAGGUUUUCGGUAUGGAUUCUCUUUUCACCCAGAAUGUCUGCGAAGAUCUGGAGGACAUUCCCCAGACUGAGGAGCCUGUCUGGAUUCUUGGACGAAAAUAUAACGCGAUGAAAGAAUUGGAUGUAAUUCGUGCAUCCAUAGAAUCGAAGUUAUGGUUCACCUAUCGGAAGAAUUUCGUUCCCAUUGGAGGCGUCGGGUCGACAUUUACCUCAGAUAAAGGCUGGGGUUGCAUGCUAAGAUGUGGUCAAAUGGUACUGGGUCAAGCCUUAGUUUCGUUACACUUAGGUAGAGACUGGACGUGGACGCCAGAGACAAAAGACAGUACGUACCUGAAAAUUUUAAGUCGCUUCGAAGAUCGAAGGGCUGCGCCUUUCUCGAUUCACCAAAUCGCUCUUAUGGGGGCCUCUGAAGGAAAGGAAGUUGGUCAGUGGUUCGGACCCAACACUGUAGCACAAGUAUUAAAGAAACUAGUUGUAUAUGAUGAGUGGAGCUCCAUUACGAUACACGUUGCUCUUGACAAUACACUGAUCGUCAACGACGUCCUGAGGCAGUGUAAAGUCGAAGGAGCGACGACUGCAGAAGCGGAUGGCGAUGUUCCGCUAAAAGCACCGAGUCAAUGGAAACCGCUUCUUCUUCUGAUUCCGCUUAGAUUGGGUUUGAGCGAAAUUAAUCCAGUCUACAUAAAUGGCCUUAAAACCUCCUUUCAAUUUCCGCAAUCCCUGGGAGUUAUUGGAGGGAAACCAAAUCUAGCUCUCUACUUUAUAGGAUGCGUUGGUGACGAGGUGAUUUUUUUGGAUCCUCACACGACGCAAAAAACGGGUAGCGUUGAUCAAAAGGUGGAUGAGGAAGAAGUUGAUUUCGAUACAACUUAUCACUGCAAAGUCGCCAGUCGAAUUGCGAUUACUGGAAUGGAUCCUUCAGUCGCACUUUGUUUCUUCUGCGAGACGGAGAAGGAUUUCAAAUCACUGUGCAGGUCAAUGCAGGAAAAAUUGAUCGAAUCUGAAAAGCAGCCACUUUUCGAAUUGUGUGCGGAGAGACCUGCGCAUUGGUCUCCUGCAGAAGAUGUUAUGGUUGCUGAAGCUUUAGGGGCUGCAGCUUCCAAUCUCCUGGAAUUCGAGCAUUUGGAUCGACAAUACGACACAUCGGACGAAGAGUUCGAACUUCUUGGCUAACGACUGAUAAUUCACCAAAUUUUACGAUUAUUCACUCCUACAUUUGUACGAAGUAUUUUCAAGCUUUGAGGCUUUUCAUGUUUUUGUUUUGAUUUAAUAUCAAAAGCACUUCUAACGUACUCCAAAUGACAACAGAUUUUUCAAAAAAAAAGAGAGAAUGCAAAUCAAUUUGAAAAAAUGUGUUUAAAGAUGAGAAUGAAAUGUUUUCUUUUUUUUUUUAAAUAACUUUCAUAGGUCACUUAUUCAUGAUUUUGUAUUAUUUUUUAAAUGGUAUAGAUGAAUAUAUUGAUUCAUAAUUUAUUACAUUUAAAAGAACGCAAUUUUUGGAUAGAUUUGCUCGCCAGGAAGACUUAUCUUUUCAUUUCGGUCGACAAAUUGCAUAAUAAUUUAAUGUAUAAGGAUUAUACGUGUAAAUAAUUUUGAAUACGUCUGUGUGUUAAAGUUUCAAAAAGAUACAAUUUAUACUCUCGAUUUUUAAGCGUAGGAGUUUUCUAGCAAUUUCUCGAAAGACUUUCUAAUUUUGAGAAAUUCUCAGGAAAUCAACUGCGAAAAUGUACAUAUAAUAUAUGUAUGGUACAGUAAUUCUUGAUAGAUUAAUAAAAUAUUAUCAGUUGCA